UUAACUACUAUUCUACCACUUAAACCAUGGCACUAGAAAGGUCCUACUCUGUCUCCAUUGAAACAGCCACCGGAGACCGCAGAAUAAAAUUGGAGGCGAAGAUCACACCGGUUGUCGUCAUUUCUUGCAUUAUGGCUGCAACUGGUGGUCUCAUGUUCGGUUAUGAUGUUGGUAUUUCUGGUGGAGUUACUUCAAUGCCUCAUUUCUUGAAGAAAUUCUUCCCAGAGGUUUAUAGGAGGAUUGAGCAUGGAGCAAAAGAAAGUAACUAUUGUAAAUAUGACAACCAAGGAUUACAACUCUUCACAUCUUCUCUGUAUUUGGCUGCUUUAAUAGCCACAUUUUUUGCAUCUUACACUACAAGAAAACUAGGCAGAAGGCUAACCAUGGUACUAGCUGGUCUUUUCUUCAUUUCUGGAGCAAUUCUUAAUGCUGCCGCUGUCAACUUUGCUAUGCUUGUCAUCGGUAGGAUCUUACUCGGCUGUGGUGUCGGUUUUGGUAACCAGGCUGUGCCAGUGUUUUUAUCUGAGAUUGCCCCAACAAGGAUAAGAGGAGCGCUUAAUAUACUGUUCCAGCUGAAUGUCACAAUUGGCAUUCUUUGUGCUAAUCUCAUCAACUAUGGCACUUCAAAAAUUGAAGGAGGUUGGGGAUGGAGGCUAUCAUUGGGUUUGGCAGGAGUUCCAGCACUUAUGCUCACCAUUGGUGCUCUUGUCGUGACAGACACUCCAAACAGUUUGAUAGAACGAGGUCGUUUGGCAGAAGGAAAAGCAGUACUUACAAGGAUCAGAGGGACUGAACAUGUUGAACCAGAGUAUAUGGAAAUUGUUGAGGCAAGCCGUCUGGCUGCAGAAGUGAAACACCCUUUCAAGAAUCUCCUUCAGCGUAGAAACCGACCACAAUUGGUUAUAGCAAUUGUAAUGCAGAUUUUCCAGCAAUUCACUGGUAUCAAUGCCAUUAUGUUCUAUGCACCAGUUCUGUUCAACACCUUGGGAUUUCAAAGAGAUGCUUCGCUUUACUCCGCGGUGAUUACCGGAGCUGUCAACGUGCUUGCCACCUUUGUUUCGAUCUACUUCGUUGACAAAGUUGGUCGCCGGGCACUCCUUCUAGAAGCCGGAGUUCAGAUGUUUAUCUCUCAGUCUGUGAUUGCUGUACUAUUGGGACUCAAGGUCAAAGACCAGAGCUCAGCAGGGCUAACACAUGGUCUGGCUCUCCUUGUGGUGGUCAUGGUAUGCACUUUUGUCUCAUCAUUUGCUUGGUCUUGGGGACCUCUUGGAUGGUUGAUUCCUAGUGAGACAUUCCCUCUCGAAACUCGCUCGGUGGGACAGAGUGUUACUGUUUGUGUUAACAUGCUCUUCACUUUCAUCAUAGCUCAAGCUUUCCUAUCCAUGCUCUGCCAAAUGAAGUACACCAUUUUCGUAUUCUUCUCGGCUUGGGUUUUGGUCAUGUCCCUCAGCGUUCUGUUCUUGCUUCCGGAGACAAAGAACGUCCCCAUUGAAGAGAUGACGGAGAAAGUUUGGAAGCAACAUUGGUUUUGGAGGACUUUUAUGGAUUAAGCACGAUUAAUUAAGAAGAAAGAAAAAAGUGCAUAUGCUUAACUCAGCACCGGACCUUCCUUUGUUGUGAAUUGAAUGUUUGCGGUUUUGUUGG